AGCUGAUAUUCGACGACUGUAGUUCCGUUAACUUGUGUUUUCUUCAUCAUGGCGGCCAGAAAGCUGCAAACCGAAAUUGACCGCACACUAAAGAAGGUCGCUGAAGGUGUCGAGGUCUUCGAAAGCAUAUAUGAGAAGAUGCAGGCCUCUACAAACCAGACUCAGAAAGAGAAACUCGAAACAGACUUGAAAACACAAAUAAAGAAACUUCAGCGGUUACGCGACCAGAUCAAGGCCUGGGUAGCAAGCAACGACAUCAAAGACAAGUCCGUCCUUCUCGACAAUCGGAGACUAAUAGAAACACAAAUGGAGAAGUUCAAGGCCUGUGAGAAGGAGAUGAAGACAAAGGCAUUCUCCAAAGAGGGUCUAAUACAGUCCGCCAAGCUAGAUCCCAGACAACAAGAGAAGCUUGAGGUCACAACAUGGCUUCAGUCAGCAGUUGAACAAGCAGAAGCAGAAAUUGAGUCACUGCAAGGCGUCGGCGGCAAGAAACGCGGAAAGGGUCUUCAAUCAUCUGCUGGUCGUUUAGAAGAUCUUGAACACCUCAACGAACGUCGAAAAUGGCACGUCAACCGACUCGAACUCAUCCUUCGUCUCAUGGACAAUGGUUCCUUGACCACCGACCGUGUCCAGGCUCUCAGGGAAGACGUUUCUUAUUUUGUGGAAAGCAACACGGACGAGGACUUCAAUGAAUAUGAGGGCAUCUACGAUGAACUAAAUCUUGAAGUAGAGGAGGAAAAGUUCGGUCUGGCUAAUGACGAAGACGACGAUAGCGAUGAGUCGGAUGCUGCAAGUGAUGACCUUCCUCCACGAACACCCAACAAGCGACAUGAGAAGGAUGAGGAAAGUGUUGCAAGCAGUAAACGCGACGAUAGUCCUGUGCUAAAGAAACCUGGGGUGACACUGCAAAUGCGGAAACCGUCAUUGGCAACUGAAGUCAAACCGCCGCCAAAUCCAAACUUUGCACAGCAGCCCAUGGCGAGCAUUCUACGAGCUAAUUUGCCACCAGCAACGCCACGGCCGCCAGCUCUUCCACCGAUACGCUAUGCCUGCAGCAGCUGCCGCCGCCUGCCCUCAACGCCCUCGACAUCACAAACUAUCCCACCCACGUCGCCCAUGAAUCUGCCUGAAGCAACGGGAUCGACCCUUUCAAUAACACCGUCGGCCUCGCACAGUGCCCUGCAUGAUUCACAAUUCACGACCUCGCCGAGCUUGACGCAUCCAUCAGUCACGAGUCCUAUGCUAUCAUCUGCUGCAUCCCAUCAACAUGAUGGGUCGUUCUAUUCUGGACAGGACUCACCAGCAAUAUCUGAAGCUGUUCCAAGCUCUAUAAGUGGUCCCGCGGCAACAUCGUCGCCACAGCGUCAACAGAAAGAACCUGCACCGUCGCCUCCCCUACCUAGGGCGCCUUCACCUGCUGCACCACCACCAGCAUCAGUGUCAACAGUGCCACAAUUUCAACUGGUCACCAAUGGAGCUUCUCAAAUUACUCAACCGCUUACACAGGUACCUCAGUCAGGGUCAUCGCCACUACCUCAACAGAUACAACAGGUCACUCCUUCAACACUUCCCACUCCACCCGCGAGUUCGAUGUCUGUAACGCAGCAGGCGCAACAGUAUCCUCCGGGUAUCAAAGUUCCACAGAGUGUAGAACAGCAACCGACCCCGAUACAAGCUAUCCCACAGCCCAUUGGGGGAUCGCAAAGGCCUCCUUCAACGGCGCCAUCUCAGCAACCGCCGCAUCCUCCUUCCCGUUCAGCGGCUUCAGGCGCUUUCCCUGGGUCUUUAUCAGAUCUCGUGGCAUCGUUUGAAACGGUCAAGCAGAAAGCUCCUCAUCGUAUGACAAACCUCGGAGAGGUACAUAAAUUGCUUGAAGGCAGUUACUCAAAUGUCCCACAGCCACAGGAUACCGAGAAACCCAAGUACUAUGUGCCACGGAAUCCCUUUAACACGCCAUCAUUCUAUCCUCAGGCGCCUCAUCCUAUUCUGAGCACGCCUGGCAUAUUUUCCCAGAUAGAUGUGGAGACUCUAUUCUAUGUCUUCUACUACCUUCCGGGAACAUACCAGCAAUAUAUGGCCGCUAAGGAACUGAAGCGCCAAUCGUGGCGAUUCCACGUCAAAUAUAUGACGUGGUUCCAACGACACUCGGAGCCUCAGGCCAUAACAGAAGAAUACGAGCAAGGCGUGUACGUGUACUUUGACUGGGAAGGAUCAUGGUGCCAGCGCAAGAAAAGCGAUUUCCGAUUUGAAUAUCGUUAUCUUUCGGAGGAUUGAAGGAGUUGCUCUCCCGUUCAAUCCUUGUUAUCCAGUUUUUUGUUGUCAUGCUCCCGACGUGACCCUAUGUAUCGUCAUACGUGCCACAUGGACAGUCUUGCCAAUCACAUUCGUACUAACUUGCAUCCCUAUU